UGAACAGAUAACCACCAUACUAAAGAAUUUAACUGUUGGUGUUGUCCCUCUAAAUUUGCGGUCUAAAACCAAGAUUUCGUCUAAGUACUGGGGAUGGUGUGCGCCUGAAGAAGAAACAGUAAUUUUUAUUGAUGGAGAAUUUCUCACUGGAGUCCUUGAUAAAUCACAAAUUGGAGAUUCUGCGUUUGGAUUGGUUCAUUCAUGUUAUGAAUUAUAUUCUGCUAAUGUUACUGGUCAGUUUCUUAGUGUUAUGGGCCGCUUAUUUACAAUCUAUAUGCAACGAUACGGAUUUUCGUGUCGUAUGGACGAUUUGAGAUUGACACCAGAAGGCGACCAAGAACGAAAGGAAUUAAUGAAUGAUAAUAUGGACCUGGGCAGAAUUGCCGCCUUUGAUUAUGUUGGACUAGGCAAUUCUGUCGAGAACACAGAUUUACCAAGUGUAGAUAAAGAAUUUAAAAGUAUGAUGGAAGAAGUAUUUCGUGAUAGUGAAAAACAUCAAGGCUUAGACGCUAUCAUGAAAUCGCGUGUAAAUAAAUUGACCUCGUCAAUUAUUUCAAAUUGUAUACCAACGAAACUG